AUGGCCACAAUAACAUAUGAUAACGACCACGUGCUCGGGUCUCCGAGGCCACUGAGAGUCGUGUGUAUUGGAGCCGGUGCAACCGGACUUGAUGUCACCUACAAGAUUAAGAAGCAUUUACGCAAUAUCGACAUUCAGGUAUAUGAAAAGAAUGCCAGCGUAGGGGGCACUUGGUUCGAGAACACAUACCCCGGCUGUGCUUGUGAUAUCCCGGCCCACGUUUAUCAGAUGAGUUGGGCCAUCAAUCCAGAUUGGAGCGAAUUUUAUGCCAGCGGCGCGGAGAUCUUGAAAUAUUUGCAAGAUGCGGCACGUGACAAUGGCCUGGAACAACACAUCAAACUUCGUCACCGAGUUGUUGGGGCCACCUGGGAGGAGAGUCUAGGUAUUUGGCAGCUCAAGGUCACUAAUGAAGGCUCUGGUGAAGUGUUUAGCGACUGGAGUCAUUUCAUUAUCAACGGUACAGGCUUCCUGAAUCAUUGGCAAUGGCCCGAUAUCGAAGGGUUGGACGCCUUCGGAGGAAAGAAGCUGCACACGGCAGCCUGGGAUGGCAAGGUACAGCUUAAAGGAAAACGAGUUGGGGUGAUCGGAAAUGGGUCAUCAGGCAUCCAGGUUGUGACAGCCAUUCAGCCAGGCAUGACGAAUGUUGAAGCAAAGCUGGCAUGCCCAAAGCUGAUAAUCAAUAGACGUUGCCCAUCUCGCUCAUUUCGUACGGAAUCCAACAUGGAUCGCGACCACUUUCGGACAAGAGUUUGCCGGCAUCGAUGGGGCAAACUUCGCCUCGGCUCACGUCUCUCAGAUUCGCAGGACCAAAAGGCCGAAUACCGAGAGAAACCUGAAGUCUUACAAACCUACCGGAAAGCCAUCGAAUCCAAUUUGAACUCCCAAUUCAAGAUGGUGUUCGCGGAUUCUCCCGAGCAAGCAGGGGCCAAAGCCUAUCUUUCUGCGCUCAUGAAAUCCCGCCUCCUUGGGAACGAAGAACUAGCAGCUCGCAUGAUCCCAGAUUUCGGUGUUGGGUGUCGACGCCCCACCCCUGGCGUUGGAUAUCUAGAGGCCCUCCAAGAAGAGAAUUCCCGUGUCGUCUUCGAUCCCAUCGUCAAAAUCGUUGAGAAUGGGAUCGAGCUUAAGACAGGCGAAGUCGUCGAGCUCGAUAUUAUCAUAUGUGCAACCGGUUUCGAUGUGACCUUCCGUCCCCACUUUCCCAUUAUCGGCCGCAAUAAUAUGAAUCUCUCAGAGCACUGGAAAGAGCGACCGACGGCUUAUCUAUCCUUCUCAGUGCCUAAAUUUCCCAAUUACUUUGUCUACCUCGGGCCCUACUCGCCGUUCGCCCACGGAUCUGCCUUUCCAGCCAUUGAGCAUACAUCCACGUACCUCCUCCGUCUUCUAUUCAAAUUCCAGACCGAAUGCUAUAAAGCUGUCGAGCCAAAGAAAGAGGCUAUGGACGACUUCAUCGACCAUGCAGAUCAUUUUCUGACACGCACGGUUUUCGCGGCGAACUGUCGUUCGUGGUUCAAAGGAGGCAAAUUCGACGGUCCUCCUAUGGUGCACCCGGGCAGCCGAAUACAUUGGUUCCAAAUGCUGACUGCGCCCCGUUGGGAGGACUGGAACUGGACCGCACAGAAGGCUAAUCGUUUCGCAUACUUGGGCAAUGGCUUCUCUUCUUGGGAGGAGGAUGGCAGGGACAUGGCAUGGUACAUGAAUGCGCAGGAACAUGAUAGCUAUGACGCUAUCAGAUAUUAG